ACACAACGUUCAACACCAAUUAACAAAUAGACAACGAUGAGUGGUGGACACUUCCCUUCCCCAAAGCACGUCUGGGCACCAACAGGUGGUUGGUGGUUCACUCCAAAGAACUACAAGUCGAAUGUGCUUCUCAUUGGCAGCAGCGCUGCGCUCUUCUCCCUUGUUGUUUUCCAGCUGUGUCGUGGUAUUGAACAUAACCCAAAGGAGGAAUAUCCAGAACAAGUCAUAGACAGAUGGAACAAGGCCGCUGCCAGCGGGUUGAAAUGAUUCUACUCCUGGCUUAUUUAACACAGCUCUGAGCUCGCCCUAUUUAUUCUCUUCUUAUUUAUUCUACGUCAAUACUUGACUCCACUGUGUAAGCCCAUAGCCCGCAGAACAAUGCGCUCCGCUGCUCUACAACGACAACCCUACAACAAAGUCAAAAAGAACUGUCAUGUAAUGUAAUAUAGAAUAUAAGUGUUACUUCCUCGGCAAUUAGAAAGCACCAGAUCUCUUCAAUUGGACAAAGGAAGCAAUGAAUGGAACAGCAGCGGCAAUACCAAAGAAGCCAAAGUGGAUCACGGCGUAUGGGAUCUUUCUGUUGUGCACCUUGAAUGGGAUGUUCUCAUAGACACCCUCCUUGAAGUGAACAGCAGAUUUGGAGGAGGAUGAGAAAGCUCUCUUGGAGGUUUGAACGAGUUGUCUGGCGAACAUUUUCAAUAUGGUUGUUUCUACUGAG